AUCAUUAAUGUUAAUCAUUCAGUUAUCACAAUAGUAUGUGCUGCAUGCUUGAGUUGUUUAGAAUAUAUCUAAAAUUCUAUAUAGUUAAAAGUUUUAUAUAGAAAUCAACAUGGAAAACAUGUUUCAUCCUUUUUUUAUAAUGGCAUCUAUCUGCAUGGCAUAAUUUCCGACAUCCUCGUCAUUGCAUUCAUUGAUAUCCUACUCAAUCAUACAAAUAAGGAAAAAAAAACACAUUUGUUAACUUUCUUCAUUCCCAUCGUCACCAUCGGAUUAUGUUGUACAUCAACGGCCACAAAUCAAUCUGCAUAAUAAUCCCUCACAUUACAAACGUAGCCGCCAGAGUUAUCCCAUUUCACUAUCCUCCUGCCUAACCUCUCCGGUUGUGAUGUCAUCAAACAUGCAUUUCUUUGGUAACUUCAGUCUCAAUGACUAUUCAUCUGAAUCAAUAACGCCUACUUGUGCUUUUAUGGAAUCUCCAUCACAUCAACUGUGUUCUAGCUUUCCUAAUUUUGAGCAAUUUGUCAGUCAAGAAGCUUCACCAAAUUCUUUUCUCGUGGGGCCUACUCAAUCAUAUGAUACAUAUCAAAUUUCUGCAUCCCGAAGUGAUUUGUUGGAACCUCCAAUGCGUCAACCAGAAAUUACUCAGCCUGUGUUAGUGCCGGAAAAUAACAAAAAAACAACGGGUCGGAAGAAUAAGAAGAAUGUGGAAUCCAAAGGCAAAGUCGACAAACGCCAGCGGGAAAAAGUUAGCGUCAGACACCGAUGGAGUAAAUACGAAGACAGGUUGCUGGUGCAGUUGGUGGAGCAACACGGAGAAAAAAACUGGGCCCACAUUGCUGAAAAGCUCCCUUUGAGGAUCGCGAAGCAAUGCAGAGAUAGAUGGCAUAACUGUUUGAGUCCAAACAUCGUGAAAUAUGGAUGGUCCGAGGAAGAUGACAAGUUACUCAUUUCAUUACACAAACAAUUUGGAAAUAAAUGGGCAGAUAUUGCAAGAAACAUGCCUGGAAGAUGUGAAAAUAGCAUAAAAAACCAUUGGAAUGCAACCAAAAGAAAUCAGUUUAAGAUUUCAUCCAAUGGUUAUAUAAAAACUAAAUACCAUUCCUAUCUUUUAAAAGAUUACAUAACAAGUAUCUCAUCAUCUUCCUCUGAUAAUCAGAUUAAUACCCAAGAAAGCUCGGGUUUUGACCCUCAAAAUCAUGAAUUCGCGACGAGCUUGAAUGCCUUGUCAUCGUCUUUUCCAGGUUCCUGGGUCGGUUACGAGCCUGAUGAGUUGGUGGUCGACGGGAUUGGUUUUGAUUUUCAUGAAGUCUCGUCUCACUUGGUUGAUCAACUGCAGUUUGAUUCACAGAAUGUUACGGGUUUUAUAGGUUCACCUUUUGGCGUCGGUUUUAGGUAAUUUUUUGUGUUUUUUUUUUUUGUUAGAACUAUGAUGAACUACCUUUAGAUCAAACACUUUCUUUUGAGAGUUAGAAGACUUUAAACUUGUGCUUCUGUGGCUUUUCGGGUGGAACAUGGAAUUGUGUUUUAGGUUUG